CGAUCUAUCAGUGAUGUGGUCGUUUCUAGUGUUUUUAGUGACAUUGUCACUUGCAUCUGCAGUUAUAUAUGACACCUUUAGUGGUCGUGAAGUGGGUGUACAACGACCCAUGAGCAAUUCUACACAAGAUUUAUUAAAUGGCUUAAGUUUAUUCUAUCAAAUAAGGCCAUGGUGUACCAUAGAUGUACCAGAAUGUUCACCCUACGAGCCUCGACGUGUAGAUGGUACUUGCAACAACCUACACUAUCCCACAAGAGGGGCGACUUUCACCCCUUACCAUCGUUUACUACCUUCCAACAACGCGAUGAACGGGGGCCUUAGAACUUCCAUAACUGGACUACCACUUCCAAAUGCUAGAAAACUUCGUGUAUCAUUAUUAUCUGAUGGAAGGGUCCACAAUAAACAUUACACACAGCUGGUGACAAAUCAUCUUCUAAUGAUGACAGGUGAUAUCACAUCAGCCCAUGACACUAUCAACUAUAUACUAGUGACAACUAGUUGUUGCUUUACUGAAGGUUUAAACCCUACUUGUAUGCCUAUUAACGUACCAUCAAAUGAUGUACACUUGCGAGAAAGUGGGAUACGAUGUCUUAAUUUGACUAGAGCGUUGACAUAUCAGAGAUUAGGAUGUGCCCCGAAUACACUGCCACCUGAAAGAAUCAACACAUCACCUCCUCUUUUGGACAUUUCAAAUAUGUACGGUAUCAAUUCGAUUGGAGUAAAUCAGUCACGACUCGGAACUGAUGGAUUAUUACGCUUCGAAGUUGACAAAGGGAAAGAAUGGCCGCCAACUGGAGCUCCUAUUUGCUUAGCUAAUGAGUUACCUCAAGAAACUUAUUGCUAUAACGGUGGUAAUCCUGGCUUGAAUGCCCCUCUUGGUAUCCAAUUAGUCGGCUUAUGGCACUUUCGAAGUCAUAAUCAUAUCGCCAGAAUCCUAGCUCAGUUAAAUCCGUGUUGGGGCGACGAGCGUAUCUUUUUAACAGCUCGCGAUAUUAAUUUGGCGUUUUACCAACAUAUAAUAUACUAUGAGCUGAUGCCUGAAGUAUUAGGUUAUGAUUUAUUAUUAAAGAAUAAAGUAAUUUUCGAUACAUACGGUCACGUGGAUGAUUAUGAUGAUUCCUUAGAGCCUCGAGUCAGCAUCGAAUAUGUUAUAGCAACAAGAUGGUUCCACACAAUGCAAGAAGGAAGACUACAGCUAUUCGAUAGCCAAGGUAAAUUCCUCAACGAGUUAGAUAUGAUGGAUUACACGCUCCGUACGGGAGCGCUGCGCGUCAACAAUACUGUGGAUGGAGUGACACAAGGCUCCUUCAGACAACCCUGCGCUGGCAGCGACCUAUUCGUUGACCCUGAGGUAAUGUUCAUCAUCAUCAUCACUAUACGUCCCCACUGA